AUGGGCGGAAGGAGCAGAACGCGCAGCGGAGAGAGGGAGAGAAGACAGGGCGGGCAGGAGAGCGCUCCCGUCCAGCUCUGUCCGUCUCGGUUGAGUGAGUCGUGCGCUCCAUUCCUCCCCACCACCGCUCCCACAUUCCCUAGACUCAAAGUCAGUUACAUAAGCCCAAGGAGCGCGGCAGCGGGGAGCGGGGCAGGCUCACACUGGGGCCGCCUCUACGCCUUAGGACCGCCCGGCCCGGCCAGCCCUGCGGAGGCAGAGGACGGAGACAGUCGCCAGAUGCGCAGCUCCGCCCCUUCCCCCUCCAGCUGUUCCCUCGUUCCGCUUAGCCCUAGCCUGGGUCCCCCGCCCCCUCUCCGGAUUCCAGGACGCCCCUCCAGCACUCCCAACCCCGGCCUCUGCCCUCCUGCACAUUCUGACUUCGAACUCCUGACUCCCCACCUACCCUGGGGCCCGCACCCUCUCCCCGCUGACCCACCCCUGAACCCCAGAAGCUCGGGCCCUCCCCCCCCCCAACUUGGACGUCUCAGGCUCACCUGGCCGGAGCAGAGCUGGACGGGGCUCGGGGAGGAGCCGCGCCCGGCCGACCCGGGCCGCGCUGGACUCUUAACUCUCCUGCACUACCCCGCCCCAGAGCCCGGAAAGCUCCUUGAUUGGCCUAAGCCGCUGCCUAUCGCCGGCACGGAGGGGAAGGUGGGGCGGAGGAGUCUGAGCGCUACAGAGGGGCAGGGUCUUGGGGUCUCAGGUGUGGCCCCCGCCCCCUUCCCGGUCUAA